AUGGCGCCCAAACAAUCUCGGCGAAAGAGUUUAAGUCUCCUUUCCAGAGCAUCAUUUUCAAACCUCGCGCAUAUCAACACCGACAUCAACAAUGGCAACACGAACGACAAGGAGCAGAAGGAUAAGAAGAAGCUGGGGAAGAGAAGCUCGAUCUUUAGCAGUCUGACGCCUUCAAUGUACAUCGACACAGAAAAUACAAGCCAUAGUCCCACGAAAGCCGACGCCCAUUCACCAAAACUGCGACCUCGUACACUGCAAAAAGGCAGACCAACUUCAUUAUUCGGGUCCUUGGGGAGAAGGUCUAUGACCGAUUUGGAUGAGGAUAAGGAGGUUACAGGCACAACUCCUGAAUCUCCCGAAGAGGAGUAUCACUAUCUUGCGGCGGGGAUUCUCAAUGCGAGUAGUGCCGUUUCGAUACUUCACCAUGGCGAAGUUCAGACGACGACGUCGAUGUUUAGAAAGAAAAAGGAAUACCUUGUCCUGACGGAUACACACUUGACACGAUUCAAGAGCAUGGCGCGAGCGAUAGAGGCAUUUCCAAAUAUACAACCGGCGCACUUGCGUCAAUCUCAUCGCCAGUCAUCCACUGCAUCAAUAGGGUCGCUACAAGAAGUACAGUCUCAAGCUUCGCAUGCAUCAACGGAGGGCGAAAAUAGAAUUCCUCUGGGUCAGGUUGUCACAGUCUACAAGAUGGAGGAUGGGCGGCCAUUUUUCACAACCGAGGUCGUGUUUUUAGACGAGGAUUACCAUGGAGUAGGAUCCAUUCAGCUUAUGCUACAUGACCCAAAGGAUGCAGAUCUAUGGUCCACUUCAAUAAGAGCGGCUGCGCAGAAAGCCAGACUCAUGAUGCCGGAACCAUACCCCGAACGAGUUGUCCGAUACCUCGUUCAGACCCUGGAGGGAGUUGAUGACUACGAUUCGAACCAUUUCCAGGUAUUCAGAGUUGUCAAACGAACUCCAUUAGCAAAGAGCGCGCGCUCCUCAUCGGACGAUCUUCAAAAACUUGGAUCAUCAGUGUUCUAUAUGGUCAUUGGUAUAAAUCGAUUGCACCUGAUACCCCUACCUGAUUUUAGCCUGCCUUCCGGUGCCCUUUUUCAUGCAAAAUCAAGUCGAAAUUCGUACGGCCUUGUAUCCCUAGUUGCAAUGAACGUGCAGUAUUCUGAUGAUCGAUUUGAGCUCGCAUUCAGAACACCCCUUCAACAAGCCAAGAUGCUCGAGUUAGCAGCUUCAGCCACACACGAUAUUGCGGUGGUCAUCUUUCAAGCCAUACAGUAUCUCAAACCAGCAUGGCUGGACUACAACUUCACGUUCAACGGGCCCAUGCGUCUAUUGGAGUCUGGUGAUAUCCCUCUAGUUCACGAAGAAGAGGAGUAUGGGUGUUUUGAUAGAACCUUGGUUGCUUAUUGCAUGGCCUAUAAUUGCAAUCCCGUGAACAUAAAAUAUGCAGUUGAUUGGAAUGUUGAGGAUGCUCCAGAAUUUCGUCUCUACCCUCCUGCCAUGACGGCUAAAUAUACGAUUUACGAACUGCUUGCUAUCUUUAGGUCUUUACGAUAUAACGAAUCUUUUCGCUCAAUUUCUUUUGCAGAUAUUGAUCUUCAUUGUAUGCAUGGUAUUGUGGAUUCCUACGGCAUAGAUCACGUAGCUUGGACUACUCGAGUAGGGAUCGCGAUAGAUACCUACUUCACCAUGAAGCCACAGGAUGGAUCACUAUUAUACCAAGAAGUUCAAGCACUUGCUCUGAAGUCACUACAGCUUCGAAAGGUAGAUUUCAGUAACGCUCUUCCCAGAAGAAGACCGCGAGAUACUUUUGAUGAUGAAGGGGGCGUUCUACAGAAAGAUCCGGGUUGUGAAAUUACUGCAGCAUUGAUGCCAUUGUGCCGCGCACAAUUGACCAAUGUUAAUUGGAUUGUUCUAAACGGAAUUGAGUUGGGAGAAACAGAUCUUGAUGCGAUGAUUCCUGCGUUGAACAAUCCAAAAGCUGAGAUUAGGGCGAUCGAGUGCUCGCGCUGUGGACUUAGUGAUCGAGGGAUAAUGCAACUUUUGACUCAUUUGGAGCGACAAAACCAAACACUAGAGUGCAUCAAUAUAUCUAACAACCCCGGGAGAAUUCUUCUCGAAAGAUUCCAAGUAUCCAUGAGUCGUUUCUCGCACGUUCGCAAGCUCGACCUUUCCAUGAUCACUCGUACAUCUGGUGAUCAACCCCUUUUUGUUCCUGAAGUCAUGCUCUCUUGGAGGUUGGAGGAACUGAUCUUGAAUGGGAUUCCUAUGGAUCAGUGCAAUUUGAGUGGAUCGCAUGUUGCUCUUCUCAUGAGAGCUAUGACUCGAGUCGCUGGUGAACCUCGUGACUUGGAGCUUCACAACACCACGCUUGAGGACUUGGAUAUUUCUGGAGAACAGGCACAUUUGGAGGUUACUCGAUUCGGAAUAGGCUUGAAUCAGGCACUGACCGGUCUCAAAAAGAAUAAUACUUUGAAAUCUCUUCGUAUAGAGUACCAAAACUUGGGUCUGGAAGGAGCGAAUACCCUCUCCUCUGUUUUGGAAGAGAACAGGGGUUUGACGCAUAUCUUCUGUGAACACAACGAUAUCAAUCUUCAAGGAUUCACCAUACUCGUCAAUGCUAUUGCAAAAAACCACACUGUUCUUGAAGUUCCCUAUAUGCAAGACGAUCAAGAUAUUGCCAUGAAACGAAUGAGUGCCAUAAAGCGAACAUUGAAAACCUUUGGGGUUGGGGUUGAAAAGCCUAUCAAACAAGAAUUGACACCUCAAGAUGUUGAUCAAGUGGUAAAGGUCUUGGCCGAGAAGUGGAAUACGGAGAUUGGAAGAUUGUCUAUGUUCUUGGAAAGAAACAGAAACAUAGCUAUGGGCGUGGAGGGAUAUGAUCCUGUUGAGAUUAUAGGCGAACACGCCAUGCGUCCUACCACAGCGAUGAGUGAUCGAGGGAUUUUGGAACAGGUUUUAAGCAACACGACGCCGAGGAUUGAACUGGGAAAUCCAGUUGAAAUCACAAAUGAUCGAUUUUCUGGCAUGACGCCAUUAGCAGAGGUGAUUAAUCCUAUGGAAAUGGAAAACGAGAGGCCCGUGGAUGAAAUCGAGAAUAUUCAAUUCAAACGUAUACAUUACAAACGCAGUAAGGAUGGAGGUCUACUGCCUGAUUUGCCUUCUCUGGGCAGUGAAAACAUGUUUGGAUUGGAGGAAAGGGAAGAUACUACUCAACUUAAACCCAAACGCAUAUCUUACAAACGCAGUAAGGAUGGGGGCUUACUGCCCGAUUUGGGUCCGUUGGGUAAUGAAAAGAUGUUUGAGUUGGACAGUGGGUUGUUUGAAAUGGAAUCUUGA